AUGUUGGCACACGCUGUGAUCUCGUUCGUUGCCCUAGCGGCUCACCACCAGCACCUGCUCUUGGUGGUCUCCACAGCGGUGUUUCUCUUGUGGAAGUUGUACAUCUAUCCGUUCCACGUUUCUCCACUCAGGAGAGUGCCAGGACCCUACUUCCACCGCAUAUCGACGCUUCCGUGCAUCCUUGCGCAGCACCAGAACCGCUGGGUCCGGAAGAUCCACCGUCUUCACGAACAGUAUGGGGAGAUUGUCCUUCUAGGCCCCAAUGAGGUCUCAUGCAACGGUGAUCUCCGCUUCAUCAACGAUAUUUACGUCAAGAACAUGCCGAAGCUGCCUUACUACAAGCACUUCCAGAACCACGGCCACGACAAUGUGUUUUCCACGGUGGAGAAUGGACCGCACCUCAAGUACAAGAAGAUGAUGCUGGGGCUUUACUCCAAACUGGCCAUUCUUUCAAACCCCGCCACAAGAGACCUUUUGGUUCUGAAGGCCGCCCAGCUCGUCAACAGAGUGCAUGUUUCCCUGGUGACAGCGCUAGAGCCCGACUGGAUCAAUGCUCGUCUGGAAAUGAACCAUAAUGGAAAAGGCCACAAGGAAGGAUCCCACGGAUGGCUUCCACAGAAGCUGUCGAGCCUUGGAAUCGACAUGUACCUGCUUUUUGGCGCUUUGGCCAUGGACGUGAUUUCUGCGUUCGAGCUUGGCGUCAAAAACGGCACAGACUUUUUGAACGAUACAUACAAAAGACAGAUUUUGGUGGAUUUCCGGACCAAGGAGCUUCUGACGCUCGGCCUGAUGCUUCUUCCGCUGCUCCACUGGCUUCUUGCGGGUCCAAGAAUCAUGGGAGCUUCGGCAUCCGUGGAAAAGUGGCUUCUUUCAACCUUCAAAAGCGCAGAAUACGAUCCAGAGCUUUCUAGACCAACCACGCUCAGUGCACUCAAGAAGAACGGCCUUAAGGACAAAAAAGCGUACUCUUUCCUCAGCGACAACCUCAUUGCUGGCCAUGAGACGUCUGCUAUUGCACUCACUUACAUUUGCUACGAGCUUUCCAGACCGGUGAACCGGUUCAGACAAGAACGGCUCCAAAACGAAAUCAGAGAGUACUUUGGUGCUCCUGACGGCAACAUUAUCGAUGCUAUUGAGCAAGUCGACCAGCUUCCAUACUUAGAAGCUUUGCUCAAAGAAAACUUCCGUGUCCACACCUCUGGAGUCGGUUCCAUGCCCAGAAUCACUCCAUCCACAUAUAAGGUCCACACAAGCAACGGAUCAGUGGAACUUCCAAAAGGUACAACCGUCUCGUGCCAGGCGUACUCGUACCACCGCAAAAACGACAUAUUCCCGCAUGCUGAAAGCUGGAUUCCAGAAAGAUGGCUUCCUCAGCAUGGAGAGCUGAAUGAGGACUACAAACUCAGAAAAACCCACAUGUCCAAGCACCUUUUGCAUUUCGGCAAGGGCAUCCGCAUGUGCUUGGGCAAGGACUUGGCGCUUAUAGACAUAAAAUUGGCUUUGGCCAAUUUGUACUGGCGGUACAAUUCACAAAUCAGCUCAGACUGGUGUGAGGUGACCCAGUAUGAAGAAAACGUGAAAGUUGGCAAUGCCGUUCGGCUCGACGGAGCUAAACCAUUGUCCAAUUCUGACGAGGAGAUGAUGGCCAUGGUGGACGGUUUACUGGCUAAACCCCGCUGUGACGAGUGCUGGCUUGAAUGGAGCACUGUGGGCUGA